UAUGGAACCAAGAAAACUUUAUUUCCAAGACCCGCACAAUAAAGAAAAUGGCUCACCAGCUAGAAUGUUUACCAAGCAAUUCAACGAAGAUUUAGAUGAAAGGACACCUCACCCAGAGGACUACCGCAGAUCUGAUAUUUCAGAGCAUCUUCAGAGCGAUGUUGAGUACAACACCAUUGGAUCUGAUUAUGAAGCCCAGAUCAAGCCAGAAGAGACUUUCGAGCUAAUCAAUGCCAGGCAGGUUGAUAAGAACGCAUAUGGCUGCAUUAGUACCGAAGAUGUCAGCCUCAGAUUUAAACGAAAGAAACCCAACCAAGCUAAUAAAGAAAAUAAUGCACUCAGGUAUAAAAGUGUAGACCACUCAGCGUUUAAAAAUUCUCAAGUGAAGAAAGAAAUUAGCUUCCAGAAGUUACUAGCAAGGACCUGUUCAAGUCCUGAUGAACAAAUUGUUACAACUGAAAAUUAUUUCCCUACGGAAGAGACUGAAGAGAAACAGAAGGAGAGCUUUACACAAACUUUCUCUAAGGAAAUGAAAAUGGAUCAAUUUCGACCGGCAAAGCCUGAAGAAUCAAUGCAUAUUCUUAAAGAGCAGGACUUGAAUAAGAUACUUUAUAACUCAAAUAACUCUGAUGCCUCACUACCAACACUUAUUCAAAAGAUAGAGAAUGAGAACAAGGAACCAAAGAAGGAACUCAAACCUUGAAGGUCUUCAAAAACUAUUGAAAUAAUGCAGACUUCUCUAGAGGAAAAACUCAAGCAAGCCCAAGAGAGGACUAAAAGAGAACUUGAGAAGCAAGAAAGGCUCAAGAACAGUCACAAAUUUGAAAUUGAGGCAAUGAAUAAUGAACUGUCUACUAUUGCAGUCCAAUUCUCAUUCUCACAGAGAACCAUUGAUCAGAGAAUUCAGUUGGAGAAUCAACACUUUGACAUUACACAAAGGAUGAGAGGUGUCUGGAAGGAACAACUUGAUCAACUCAAGCAGACCCACCUUGAAGGCAAAGAGGAUAUUGAGAGUAUUAUAACUAAAAGAGAAAGCCAACUCAAGGAGCUCAAAGAAGAUGAAAAUGAUCUAAUUAGCACCUACGAAAAAUAAGAAGGACCAACUUAAAGAGCAAAUUGAACUGCUUUCUAAAUAGCAUAGAGGAUAUGGUCACUGACAAUUAUAGCAAGGAGGAAAACAAGGAAGAAAUGACCACUGAAAAUACAAGGAUAGAGGAAAAUCUGUACAAAACCUCUGAAAGACUCGGUAAAGAAUCUGAGUAUCUCCAAGGACUUAUCGAAGUCAAUAUGCUGCUCCAUCAAGGUCUAGAAGAGAUAGAGAUCUUGUAUCUUAAGAAGAGGAAUAAGAAACUUAAUGGCAAGAAGAGAAAACAAAUGGUCACUCCAAGGCUCGGAAGUCUAAAAUCCCCUACAACUCGAAAAUCAUCACAAAAUGUAAACUCAUUUAGAAAAUUUACUCGGUCAAAAUCAGGAAAAAGCCGAAGAAAACCCAGACCUCAGACCAAAGUUUCCAGUUCUUAUCACACAAGCAGAGAGCUUGAUGCUGGAGAAUCCAGAUAA